AUUUUUUUUCUUCUCAGUUAAUUCCACUUUAUUUCUAGCUGUAUAAAAUAUAAUAUGCAUAUGAAUAACAGAAAUUGAACUGUUUAUAUUCCUGCAAAUACUGAUCAACUGGAAAAAUAACAAAAAUUGGGAAGAUGGAUUUGAUUACUAAUGUGAACGAGUUCGAAGCAAUUGCGAAGCAGAAAUUGCCAAAAAUGGUUUAUGACUACUAUGCAUCAGGAGCUGAGGAUCAAUGGACUUUGAAAGAGAACCAAAAUGCAUUCUCAAGAAUCCUGUUCAGGCCGCGAAUUCUAAUGGAUGUAAGCAAGAUAGAUUUGAAAACUAAUGUGUUAGGCUUCGGUGUAUCAAUGCCUAUUAUGGUUGCUCCUUCAGGCAUGCAAAAGAUGGCUCACCCUGAAGGAGAGUAUGCUACUGCUAGGGCAGCUUCAGCAGCUGGCACAAUCAUGACACUAUCCUCAAUGGCUAAUUCCAGUGUCGAGGAGGUUGCUUCAUCCGGAGAUGGCAUUCGCUUUUUCCAACUAUAUGUGGUUAAAGACAGAAAUGUGGCUGCUCAGCUUGUGAGAAGAGCUGAAUCUGCUGGUUUCAAGGCAAUUGUGCUUACCGUGGACACUCCAAUUCUUGGUCGCAGGGAGGCUGAUAUUAAAAACAGAUUUACAAUGCCACCACACCUUGUAUUGAAAAACUUUGAAGGGUUGAAUCUUGGAAAGCUGGAUAAGACGAAUGAUUCCGGUCUAGCGUCUUAUGUUGCUAGUCAAAUUGACCGCUCACUCAGCUGGAAGGAUGUGAAAUGGCUUCAAUCAAUCACCUCAUUGCCAAUUUUAGUGAAGGGUGUACUUACUGCUGAAGAUACAAAGUUAGCUAUACAAGCUGGAGUUGCUGGAAUCAUUGUCUCCAAUCACGGUGCUCGCCAACUUGACUAUGUCCCUGCGACUAUUAUGGCUUUAGAAGAGGUUGUGAAAGCAGCAGCCGGAAAAUUUCCGGUUUUUCUGGACGGCGGAGUCCGUAGAGGGACAGAUGUUUUUAAAGCACUAGCUCUCGGAGCAUCUGGUGUAUUUAUUGGACGACCUGUGGUGUUCUCAUUGGCUGCUGAUGGCGAAGCUGGUGUAAGGAAAAUGCUUCAGAUACUCCGUGAUGAGUUUGAACUAACUAUGGCGCUAUGUGGUUGUCAUUCACUGAAGGAGAUUACUCGCGACCACGUUGUCACAGAGUGGGACCUCCCAAGAAUUGCUCCUAGGCUAUGAAAUUACAGAACUAUGCGAUGAGGUGUCAUUGAAAUAAUUUAGGGUUCUGUUUUAAUAAGUUGUAAUAGAUUGGAAUAGGAAAGAAUGUAACUACAUUAGUUGGAAUGUUUUGGGUUCCUACCAGCUCAUUGUGACCCUGACUGGUAUUGUGGUGCUUUUGAGCAUUGUAUUGCAACUUCACAAAUACACUCUUAGAUAGACAAAUAAUGUAAUGUUGCAGACAAUUUUCCAAAAUGACAGCAAAUUCGGAAUUAUCUACUCUUCA